GCGAUGUUGAUAUUGUAAUUUUUAGAUAUUCCCCCGUUCUCCUGUAAUGCUAUUUACGACCCAACAGCCUUGUAACACCGUUGUGUGUUUUAUUAACCGGGAGCAAUUUACGCUAACCAUCGUUUGAAACCUGAUACGUCGCUUUUUUUUUUUUUUUUUUUUUCGAACGAGUCCUGAUAAUCCGCCAUUUUGAACUACGUCACUAAGGAGUUUAUGAUCGAUGCAAACGCCGUAAACAACGCAGGUUAAAAAUACGGUUCAAUACAAGCCUUCUUCACGUGAAUACAGAAUACUACUACACUCUAGUCGCUACCAUGGCUGAGCAGGAUAACAUAUUUGUGGACAUAGAUGUUUGCAACGAACAUUUAAAAAGAGACGGGAUUGAGAUGAAGCGACGGACGUAUAAUCCAUCUUACAACGUAUAUGCCCAGGAAGUUAACCUCCAAGACGAACAGGAAGCUCGUGUAAGAGAACUGGAAAAUGACAGCGCAGAGGGCAGUAAUUUCCAGGAUGUCGUCAUUGCGUCGCUACAUACAAAAAGCAGUGACGUGCCUCAUAAGCAAGCACUUCGACAGGCGUCUAGUGGUAUUUCAAGCGCACACAGCAACGAAAGCGACAAGCAGGACAGUGACAAGGAUACUGUGAGUAUCGAAGGAGCCGAGGGAAAGAAAAGAGAAUACACAGAAGAGGAGCGCCUAAUGCUCGAAAAGUUGCGCAAAGUAGUGGAGCUCUGCACUCGACCGGAACCAAUCAAACGCCCAACAUCGAAAGAAAUUCUAGAAAUGCUAAAAAUAUAACUUCUCAAAGUCACGUGACAGUGACGUCAGGUGUACUACGUGCUUAUGUUAGUGUUUCAAUGUUCAAAACUCGUAGCACGUCAUUCAACGCAGACACAAUGGGCUGCAUUGUAAUUGCUUCACUGACGUCAGCGGGUGUAUUUCAUUGUGACCUCAGCUGAAUGCGUAGUUUAGUUAGUAAUUAUAACCUUCUUAACGCAUUUCACGUUUUCGGAUAUAGAACUUAUCGACCUGUAAAUAUCAGUUCAUUCCAUCGGAUACAAACACAACGGGCGGCAUUAAACUAUCUGACAACGUCAUGCAACUACCGUGUAACGGAACCACUGAUUGUAUAUCUAUUAGCCUCUCUGAAAAGUAUUCAAGAUUUGUGCGGAUAUUUCGUUGACGCCACAAACAUGCUCUCGUACAUACUUUUUAUUUUAUUUUCAUAAUAACCACGACUUCUCCUGGCUCCCUUCGCCCCUGGCGAUGCAAGGCAAGUAAUUGCAUCUGUUCUUUGGAUCCACAAUCCCUGUCACUUCAAUUUGUAUACCACGCUGACUUUCAAUCAUUAGCAAGUAUUAUAAGUUGUAAAAUUGUUACAACAAUGUAAUAUUAAAGUUAUACGUACAUGCUUAUUGUAGCUAAGAGGCAACAUUUUCAAAUAAUAGUAUUUCAUUUGUCACCAUAUUAUUUCGAUAUAUUCAAAGAAACGUGGACUUAUAUUAGUGUAAUAUCGAAUGGAUACAUGUAUAUUUAACGAGUAACCCUGUGAUCAUGCCGACUAGGUUCACUCU